AUAACCAUUACUUGCUUAGAACCAGUUUUUCUCCUCUCGCUUUUCUGUGUUUCGUUCAUUUGAAUUUCGAAGAUCAUUAAAAAUGGCUAUCACCAAGCAGCCUGAGCGAAACAAUAAAGUUGUGAAAUCAAGCGAUGCAUUUGUUGCUCCUGAUAUCAAUGCAUUUGGCCAGUCAUUCAGGGAUUAUAACGCAGAAAGUGAGAGGCAGAAAGGUGUGGAGGAAUUUUAUCGUUUGAACCACAUUAACCAAACGUAUGAUUUUGUAGAAAAGACGAGAGAGGAGUACAAAAAAUUGGAUAGAGUGCAAAUGAGCAUAUGGGAAUGCUGUGAGCUCCUGAAUGAGGUUGUGGAUGAGAGUGACCCGGAUUUGGAUGAACCCCAAAUUCAGCAUUUGUUGCAAACAGCUGAGGCAAUUAGAAAAGACUAUCCGAAUGAAGAUUGGCUGCACCUUACCGCUCUCAUUCAUGAUCUCGGGAAAGUGCUUCUUCUUCCUAAAUUUGGAGGACUUCCUCAAUGGGCUGUUGUUGGAGACACACAUCCUCUUGGGUGCGCUUUUGAUGAAUCCAUCGUUCACCACAAGUACUUCAAGGACAAUCCGGAUUCCAAAAAUCCCGCGUACAACAACAAGAAUGGAAUUUACAAAGAAGGGUGUGGACUAGAAAAUGUGAUGAUCUCAUGGGGUCAUGAUGACUACAUGUACAUGGUUGCCAAGGAAAACGGGACAACUUUGCCGGAGGCUGGAUUGUUUGUUAUCCGGUAUCACUCAUUUUAUCCUCUACACAAGGCAGGGGCAUAUACACACCUAAUGAACGAGGAAGACAGAAAGAAUAUGAAGUGGCUUCAUAUUUUUAACAAAUAUGACCUCUACAGCAAGAGCAAAGUUCAAGUUGAUAUCGACAAGGUCAAGCCUUACUACUUAUCCCUUAUUAACAAGUACUUCCCAGCGAAGCUAAAAUGGUAAGAUGAUCGAUCAUCCAUGCGUUUAUCCGAUGGAGUCGUUCCUUAGGUUAAUUUAAGAAGAGGCGUUGUGCUUCCUCCUGUUACUUUCUAAGCGAGUUGUACUUUGUAUAUGGUUUCAAGAACGAAAUGUUUGUUCUUGUAAAUUAAUUAUUAAAUUCAAUAAAUUACAAAUCCAAUUAAAAAA